AUGGCGGAGAACGGCAAUGAGGGAUUCCUGACUGAAGAGCAGAGAGAGUUGCUGAAGAUCGCCGUGCAGAACGCGGAGGGACUAUCCUCGUCCCCGAGAUCGCCAUCCACAAUGCUCCCUGAGCACCACUUCAAGGAGGCGACGGGCGGCUCGAAGGCGAAUGUAAAGGGAGCCGCCGUCCGGCAUGUGCGACGGUCGCACUCGGGCAAGGUAGUGCGCGUGAAGAAAGGUUAGCGAUCGUAGCACUCUUCCAUUAAUUUUUAUCGACUUUUUCCUCUGGCUUGUUAUUUGCGACGUUUCCUCGAUUGCUCGUCUCAUUGCGCUCGAGUGGUAUUUCCGCAUGUUUUGUGCUAUACAAACGUUGAAUCAGGCCACCUUACCCGCAUUUCCCUUCGUAUGAGUGUUUUGCGGGGUUUGGCCCGAAAUUAUUGAGUUCGGCGAGAAAAUUUUCUGGAUUUUAUGGAGAACUAAUAGGGUUCUGUUGGUAAACUAGUUCCAGUGUUUGUGAAUAACUGAUGAUUAGUUGAGAACAUAUAUAUUUUUAUGAAGGGAACAGAUUCCAAGUAGCUGGGGAAUCUGAAAGGACGCAACCUCACUGGUGAGGAAUGCUGCUUUUUGAAGGCGUAUAGUUUCCAGACUUGGCUGGUGGCAUAGUUGCUACCUCUGCUUGCUGUAGAGCAGCCUUUGAUCAAAAGAGAUUUCAUGUUAGCCACACGUCAAGUUUGUGAAUCCUGCUUGAUUUACUGGGCAAUAAUAAGCUGCGCAUGAUUGGAGCAAGGUCUUUGCAAUGGCCUUAACAGAUGUGAAGGACGAGGUCCCUGUAUGUGGAAGGGAAGGAAAAAAUCUUUAGAGGAUGGAUAAUGGAAGAUCAGAAUCAAUUCAACACUUUAUUACUCCUACUCUCGCUUUUGUGAACAUGCACAAUAAAGGGAGGGCCAUAAUGGUGUUAAGAUAGAUUGGAUGGCUCGAAUGCUCUGCAUUCACCAGUUUUUUAUUCUGUUCUCUUCUCUUUUCAUAGGAAAAGAUUCAGCUCUACGACUUAUCAUUUUUACUUUUUUUACUUAUUAUUCUCCAUAUGAUUCUCAUAAUUACUAUGAUUUGCAUUAAUGGGUGGAAAUUGAUUAUAUAUGACUCUCCUUUUGAUAAGAUAUUCGUUGUUCUCAUUACGGACAAUUUUUUGUACUAAAUUUUGAUGGCAUAUCCUCCUUGUUUAGUUCUCUCUACUCCAUGCACCAGAUAACAUGCUAGAUUUCUUUAUCUGAUGGAGUUCCUUAUAUCUAGUUUAACUUCUCUGGAAAGUAUGUAACAUGGCAUUUGAUCCUUGAAUGUCAUGACAAAUGCUAUCAUGAAGAGGUUUCAUUUAUAUGUUUUUCAACUAUAUUCCGCCUAUGUACCAAUGAAUAUGAUGAGCGUGCAGCUAUUUUUAUUUCAUUCCUCUUAGAACGGUGAUUUUACUUCCAUUAAUUAUUUUUUGUGCAGAUGUCUACUUUGGCUUAUGCUUCUUUGUCUGUAUUCUGUGAUGUUCUGUUGUGUUUAUCUCGAUCACUGGUAUUUUUCCGUAUUUGAUUUUGCUUUCUGCUGUCUCAGAUGACACCUUGUUUGACAAAAGAAUAAAAAUAAUCAGACACUUCUAGGUCACCAUUCUUAUCACCUGAAUAUCUUUUAAAAUCUCCCUCCCUCCAUCUCCCUCUUUGUGUCUGUCUGCCUGUUGGUCUGACUCCCUAUAUAUAUCAAGUGCUUGCUAAUUUGCUGAUGCUCAGAGUGCUCCUUUUUCAUUGUUACGCUGGGUUUUUUUUAUGAGUCUUCUUAAUACAUGUGAAUGAUGCAAGAAAAUAGACUUCUACUUCUCACUUUCCACCAUAAAAGUGUGUCUAAUCCUUACAGUUAAGGUCUUGUAUAGGUAUUCCUUCAUUACAGAAAUUAACAACUUGCAUCAAUGGAAUCUAGAUACAAAGGUGGCUUCAAUUGGAUCUACUUCCUGGCGGGAAAAUCUCCAGGAUCUUUCUGUCUACCCUGCGAGCUUAACCUUCUUCAUAACAUCCGAGAGGCCAAGAUGAAAGUCAUAUGAUCUGACCACCACGAGUACUUUUUUGAAAAGGCACAACAAACCAGAGCUUUUAUUGAUUUUGAGUCCAACAUGAAUCUGAGGAAAGUUGACCUUUUCUUAUCCACCUUAUGGUUGACAAGGAUAACAGCUCAAAAAGCUCCUUGGCCAUUCUGCUCCUUUCUUUGCAAAUUAUAGUCGCAUUGUCCACCUACACACUUGCACCGGCUUGUCGUUAUUUAAAGAACAAUUUUGAUUACAUUACUGGGUAUUUCAUUUGGCGCUGUAAAAUUCGUCUUUGAACUCAAUGAAGAUGUUUGCUCUCGUCUUCUGUUUUCUGUUAUGGGAUAUGCUACUAGAAGCCCAUGUGCAUGCUCACAUUAGUACCGGAGCUAGUUUGAUACCCCCUCUACAGAGAAGCAGUCUUCAUUGAUGAAAUGUGGAGUUCUUGUUAUAGAUCAGGCAUCCGGUUGAUGCAAGUUUGUGUCAGUAUGUGACAAUGGUGAUAGGGAAUAUUAAGAUUUAUUGCAAGUACUGCCGCUUUUUCUUUGUAGCAUUUUGAAAUAUCUUUACCAUUCUUAUCUUUUGUGCUCCUUGAAAAUGAAUUUCACAUAGGCAAGUUCAAUCGUUAUAUUUGGUUGGAACGGUUCUCUAUUCCCUCUUUAUUAUUUAUUUAUUUAUUUAUUUUUACUUUUCGAUUAUCUCUUUUUUUUUCUUUUUGUAGCUUGUUUGAUUCAGUUUAUUUUGGAUUUUGUGAGUAUGGUACAAGAGCUACCCAGGGAAAAUCUAUGGCAAUUCCUAUUGUUUCAAACAGGAAGCUUUCAUCUUGUUUCUGAUUGUUGACUUCUUAGUACAGUAGGUUUUCAUGCAAAAAUUGUUAACUUCUCAGUUACAAGUUCAGUGCCAUGCAUAUUAUAUUACUUCCUUGAGUUUCUUCCAAAUUCUAUCUAAUGAUUAAGUUUAGGUGUCGAUUUAUAUUCUGAAUUUAGUUCUCAUGUUAGGCAUAUCUCUAGAAGUCACUUCAGACCAUCUGGCAAAAAUUGCUUAAAUCAACUCUUUACAGAAUUUCUAACAGUUAAUGUUAAAGUGGCGAGGAGGCUAGGGAGACUAGUGUUCUCUAGUUGAUAGGUGGCAAGGCAGGUAGGUGGGCCUCGGGUUCCAUGGUUGUUAAUUGGCAACCAUAAUAGGGGAGCACUGUGUUCCAUGGUUGUUAAGUGGUUCCCCAUCUAGGGGAGGCUGACUUUCCUUUGAUAAUUAUCAUCACUCUCAUAAUACUUUCGGGUCCAAUGCAAAGUUGCUUCAGUUUCAGUUCUUUGCAGGAUUAAAAUGAUUGUGGAUCCCUGAUGUUGAAUUUAUCCGUUUUUGUUUUGAAAUGUUGAUAAAUAGAUGGCGCUGGUGGGAAAGGGACAUGGGGUAAACUACUUGAUACUGAUGCUGAUUCACAUCUUGACCGGAAUGAUCCAAAUUAUGACAGUUGUGAGGUAUGAAUUCCCCUCCUCUUUGGGAACCAGGUACGGUCAUUUAUUAGUUUAUCAUUUGGUAAAAGUAGAAUCCAGUUGGAGUUAAUAUGAUCUGUUUAUUAUGGCAGCUGCAUCCUAUAUCCCUUAUAGCAGACAGAACAGAACAAAGACCAAAUUUUGUGAAAGUGGUCUAUUUCUGGAUGAUUUUAAUAAUUUUGAUUUAAAUGCCCUCUCUGAUUUCAGGAACCAUACGAGCUUGUAGGUGCUACCGUUUCUACACCUCUAGAUGAAUAUAAAAAGGCUAUUGUUCCAAUCAUUGAGGAAUAUUUCAGUACUGGUGAUGUUGGGCUUGCUGCUUCUGAUCUCCGAGAUCUGCAGUCUGAUGAGUACCACCACUACUUUGUGAAGAGACUUGUGUCCACGGCAAUGGAUAGACAUGACAAAGAGAAAGAAAUGGCUUCUGUUCUCUUGUCUUCUCUAUAUGCAGAUGCUAUAAAUUCUUCUCAGAUUAGCCAAGGAUUUACGAUGCUUAUGGAGUCAGUUGAAGAUCUAGCACUAGACAUAGUUGAUGCGGUUGAUGUUCUGGCUUUGUUCAUUGCACGGGCAAUUGUUGAUGACAUCCUGCCUCCGGCUUUCCUCACUAAUGCAAGGAAGGUCUCUGAAUCACCCAAGGGCCUCCAGGUCAUCCAGACCGCUGAAAAGAGCUACCUAUCUGCUCCUCACCAUGCGGAAUUAGUGGAAUCACGAUGGGGCGGCAGCACCCAUGUGACUGUAGAAGAGGUCAAGAGGAAAAUUGCAGAUCUGUUGCGUGAAUACCUUGAGAACGGUGAUACGGUGGAGGCCUGUCGAUGCAUACGGGAGCUGGGGGUUCCAUUCUUCCAUCAUGAGGUCGUAAAGAAAGCCCUCAUCCUUGCCCUCGAGAUUCCCACAUCAGAGCCACUUAUCCUGAAGCUUUUAAAGGAAUCUGGUGAAGAAUGUGUGAUCAGCUCGAGUCAGAUGGCCAAGGGUUUUGCUAGGCUUGCCGAAAGCCUUGAUGAUCUUUCCCUUGAUGUUCCCUCCGCAAAAUCCACAUUUGAGUCGCUGGUUCCAAGAGUUUUGUCAGAGGGCUGGCUUGAGCCGUCACUUCUGAAGUCUUCUGCUCCAGUGGGAGGAGAGUACACGACUGGGGAAGAUGAGAAGUUGAUGCGUUACAAGGAAGAGGCCGUCGUCAUCAUCAAUGAAUAUUUCCUCUCUGAUGACAUUCCUGAGCUCCUUCGUAGUCUGGAAGACCUUGCUGCUCCAGAAUACAACCCCAUCUUCCUAAAGAAACUGAUAACGCUCGCCAUGGACAGGAAGAACAGGGAGAGGGAGAUGGCUUCUGUUCUGCUAUCGGCGCUCCAGGAAGAUACAUUUUCGACAGAGGACAUCAUGAACGGUUUCAUAAUGCUUCUGGAAUCUGCGGAGGAUACAGCAUUGGAUAUACUCGAUGCCUCCAAUGAACUGGCUCUGUUUCUUGCCAGGGCGGUGAUAGAUGACAUCUUGGUCCCCCUUAAUCUGGAGGAGAUUGGCUCCAAGCUUCCACCAAACUGCAGUGGGAGUGAGACUGUUCAUGUGGCCCGCACUCUGGCCUCAGCCAGCCAUGCUGGGGAGCGGCUCCUAAGAUGCUGGGGAGGUGGCACCGGUUGGGCUGUAGAGGACGCCAAGGACAAGAUAACAAAGCUACUGGAGGAGUACGAAAGCGGAGGUGAUGUAGGGGAGGCCUGCCAGUGCAUUCGAGAUCUAGGGAUGCCGUUCUUCAACCAUGAGGUUGUGAAGAAAGCACUGGUCAUGGCAAUGGAAAAGAAGAACGAUCGGAUUUUGGAUCUCCUCCAGGAGUGCUUUGGCGAAGGGCUGAUCACCAUCAACCAGAUCACCAAGGGCUUCUCUAGGGUUAGGGAUUCACUUGAUGACCUGGCUCUUGACAUACCCAACGCCCGGGUGAAGUUUCUGUCCUAUGUGGAGCGAGCAAAGGAAAACGGUUGGCUGUUGCCUUCCUUUCUUCCUGCUAUGCCUUCUUCGGCCACUGCUGCGAGUACUUGA